GUCUGCGGGCCAUACGUUUGACACCCCCGCUUUAGACACACAAAUGAACUGUUCAGCGUUGGUUCAUAUAAACCCUGAGAAACUGUGCAGGAGCAAAGAAGACAGAACGGGUCAGAAAAUAACAAGCACUGUUUUCAUCCACACAAGAAUGGCUGUGAAAUCUCUGGCUCUGUGGCUGCUGAUCGUGGGGACGCUGGCGCCUCAGCUCUGCUGUCAACACUGGUCGUACGGACUGAGCCCAGGAGGGAAGAGGGAAGUGGACGGCCUGUCAGAGACACUGGGCAAUGUCGAUGUGGCGUUUCCUCACAUGGACUCACCCUGCGGUGUGUCAGGCUGUGCAGAGGAGCCACCCUUUGGCCGCGUUUACAGGAUGAAAGGGUUUCUUGGCAGAGGAAAUGGACACAGGACGUAUAGAAAAUGACGAGCACGGGAUUCUGCGAUAAAUAAAUCAUUGUAUCUGCAUGA